AUGUCAACCUCAUUGGACAUUGCUGAGGAUCAGAAGGGAGAUGCAAAAUCCUGCAACUUCUGUAAUUCUACAAUUUCCACCAUCUGUAACGUAAGGAGCGGCUACGUCAUCUGUUCCUGCGCUGCUGGCUACAUUGGAAAUGGGGUGGACUGCACGAGGAUGGUAUUCUGUGAUACAAACAAGUGCUGUCCUAAGGGAUAUAACUGGGACUUGAAGGUGAAGUUAUGUGUGGAUAUCAACGAAUGUCUAAGCCCAACUCUGAACACGUGUUCCCCAACAGAGACCUGCAAAAACCUCAAUGGUGUUUACCUCUGUGUUCCCAACCCCUCAGCCCUCUGCUCCGGCACUGCUUGCUCCAGCGACCAGGACUGUCUGCAAAUAAAUGGCAAAUAUCAAUGUGCUGAUCCCUGUGACUGGAAUUCUCUGCUGAAUGGGGACGAUAGACUGUCCUCCAUUGAUUCCGCUGGCAGAUUCAGCACUGACAGAUACAACUUUGGAUGGUUCCGUUAUGUUGGAAAAAACACUGCCAGCUUGAAAGUUGGAACCGUGGGGCCCUUAAAAUGUGGCUCCCUUGAACCAUUUUCUCUUGGGGACGUUCAUCCAAAUAUUGGUGAUGGGAUCAAGUUGGUGCCCUUAAUCAGCAAUUCCCUGAGUGGAACUAUAAAUGCUGGUAAUCUUCCAGUGAAGGCCUGCCCCAAAGGAUACUACGUGUACAAGUUCUCAGGAAUGCUCAAGCCUGAUGUCUACUGCACAGAUAUUCCAACCAACCACAAGUACAACACCAACCACAACUACAACACCAACUACAACAACAACCACACCUACAACACCAACCACAACUACAAUGACUACAACGCCAACUACAACUACAACACCAACCACAACUACAACACCAACCACAACACUAACUACAACUACAAUGACUACAACACCAACCACAACUACAACAACACCAACCACAACUACAACACUAACUACAACUACAAUGACUACAACACCAACCACAACUAUGAUGACUACAACACCAACCACAACACCAACCGCAACUACUACAACACCAACCACAACUACUACAACACCAACUACAACAACACCAACUACAACAACACCAACCACAACUACAACACUAACUACAACUAUAAUGACUACAACACCAACUACAACUACAACACCAACUACGACUACAAUGACUACAACACCAACCACAACUACUACAACACCAACCACAACAACCACAACUAUAAAACCAACAACGAGGACAACUACUACAACAACAACAACAACUACUACAACAAGUAA